AUGGUCGUAUUCGACAACCACGAGUACCUCACCGAGGAGGAGAAGCGUCUCAAGGAGGACGCAGAUCGCAGCAGGUACUGGAAGAAAUGGGGCCCGUAUGUUGCCGAACGGCAAUGGGCUACAGUGCGAGAGGACUACAGCGCGGACGGUGACGCUUGGGGCCACUUCACACACGACCACGCGCGGUCUCGAGCGUUCCGCUGGGGCGAGGAUGGGAUUGCCGGGGUGUCUGACGCCCACGGUUUACAGAACAUCGCUUUUGCUUUCUGGAACGAGAGAGACCCUUUCCUGAAGGAACGCCUCUUCGGGUUAGCGAACCCCCAGGGGAACCACGGCGAGAGUAUAAAGGAAGCCCACUUCCACCUCGACAAUACCCCCCAUUCCUACAUGAAAUACCUCUACAAAUACCCGCAGAGAGAGUUCCCCUACGACGACCUCGUGAAGGAGAAUGCCGAGAGGACAAAACUUGAGCACGAGUACCAGCUUAUCGACACCGGCAUAUUCGAUGAAGACCGGUAUUGGGAUAUCGUGAUCGAAACUGCCAAAGAAGCAAACGACCCUGACGAGCUUCUCUUCCGGGUUACGGCGUGGAAUCGGGGCCCAGACCCGGCUCCUCUCCACAUCAUCCCUCAUGUCUGGUUUCGGAACACGUGGGCCUGGGGCAGGGAGACGAUAGACAAGAAACCGUCUAUAUCGGAGUAUUCCGAGAAUAUGGCCCGGUCCAGACAUUAUAAGCUCGGUGACCGAUACGUGUUGCUAUCGCCUUCACCAGGUGUCGGGAUGAGCGGCGAAGAUGUCCAGCCGGAGCUCAUAUUUACCGACAACGACACCAAUUAUCAGCUUCUAUAUGAGCAGGAUAAUAAGGUUCCCUACGUCAAGGACGCCUUCCAUCGAUACAUUGUCGACGCCGAGAAGAGUGCAGUGAAUCCGGCCCAGACUGGCACGAAAUGCGCCGCGUGGUUUCAAUUCAACGAGUCAGGGGGCGUUGCCCCCGGCGAAUGUGCCGUCAUUCGUUUCCGGCUGUCGAAGAAGAACGAGACCUACCUGGACGAAGAAAUCUUUGAUGAUGUAAUCGAAAAGAGAAGAGAAGAGGCAGAUGAUUUCUAUUACCGAAUCAGCCCCCUACCAAUGUCUGAUGACCUUCGCAGUAUCCAGCGCCAGGCGUUCUCGGGCAUGAUGUGGUGUAAACAACAUUAUCAGUUCAUCUGGGACCAAUGGGCCAAUGGGGAUCCCGCCCAGCCUCCACCCCCCCCUGAGAGAAAGGCCAUCAGGAAUGCUCAGUGGAAACACUUGCAUAUCGACGACGUCCUGUCCAUGCCAGAUUCAUGGGAAUAUCCCUUCUUUGCGGCAUGGGACUCUGCGUUCCACUGCAUCCCACUCGCCAUGAUCGACCCGGAAUUCGCUAAGAAGCAGCUUGACUUGUUUACUAGAGAGUGGUACUGCCACCCGAACGGCCAGCUCCCUGCCUAUGAAUGGAAUUUCGGCGACGUGAACCCGCCAGUUCACGCCUGGGCUACUUUCCGCGUAUUCAAGAUCGAGCGCAAAAUGUACGGGAGGCAGGAUCUCGACUUCCUCGAGAGAGUGUUCCAGAAACUGCUAUUGAACUUCACAUGGUGGGUCAACCGGAAAGAUAAGGAUGGUAAGAAUGUCUUUGAGGGGGGCUUUCUCGGCCUGGACAACAUCGGCAUCUUCAACCGCUCCGAACCCCUCCCGACCGGCGGCAUCCUGGAACAGGCUGAUAGCACAGGGUGGAUGGCCUUCUACUCUCUGUGCAUGCUGAAUAUCGCCCUGGAGCUGGCAAAGCAUCGGAGGAUCUACGAGGACAUCGCCUCCAAGUUCUUUGAACAUUUCGUUUUCAUCAGCGACGCCAUGACAUUCAAAUCUGGCGAGAAGGAUGAGAAGUCUCUCUGGAACGAUGAUGACGGGUUCUACUACGAUGCCAUCUCCUACGGCGGGCCGUGGGUGCAACAGCUUCCUGUCCGGUCGCUUGUUGGGCUGAUCCCGCUCUACGCUACACUGACGUUAGAACCAGAAUUGAUCAACAAACUCCCAUCUUUCAAGAAGCGUGUGGAUUGGUUUAUGGAGAACCGAUGCGACUUGGCCGAGAGGAAUAUGGCAAGUAUUCGGAAAAGAGGCAAGGGAAACCGCAUUCUCCUCUCGAUGGUCAGCAAAGAUCGGCUGGAGAAGAUCCUGACGCGGAUGCUCGACGAGGACGAAUUUCUCAGCGAGCAUGGUAUCAGGUCCCUUUCUAGAUACCAUAAGGAAAACCCAUUCUCUAUGGACGUCAACGGCGAAACGUUUACGGUGGGCUACGUCCCGGGAGACUCCGACAGCGGCCUUUUUGGCGGCAAUAGCAACUGGAGAGGUCCUAUUUGGCUCUGCGUUAACUUCCUCCUUGUCGAAUCUCUUCAACGAUUCUACCUGUUCUACGGACCAAAGUUCCAAGUGGAAUGUCCUACCGGGUCUGGGGAAUACAUGCAUCUCGGGCACGUCUCAGAGGAAAUCCAGCACCGAUUGCAACACCUCUUCGCCCGUGGUGACGAUGGUCGGCGAAGCGUCAACGGCGGAAACGAUCUGCUUGACUUCGACCCGCACUGGAGAGACCACAUGUGGUUCCACGAAUUCUUUGACGGCGACACAGGCCGUGGAUUGGGAGCCACGCACCAGUGUGGCUGGACUGGCCUGAUCGCUCGGAUGAUCCACGAUACGGGCAUAAGCUGCCGCCUACCACAGACCCCCCGCACCCCAACCGUAGGCAUGGCGCACUACUUUGACGACGUCUUUCAUCGCAGCAUUCGCAAUCCCGCUAAGCCACACAGAGGGCAUGUGCGGCGGUCGUCGACAGCGAGGUCUAUCAGCGCGCGUAGCGACUUUGACGCCUCGGUUAACGGCGAAGAGUUUGAUGUCCGAAGCGUCGCGCCAGACGACCCUGAACGCGAAGCACUGCGUAAGGAGGCGGACGCGCACUUGCACCACUACAUUUCAGAGCAGCUCCAGAGGGUUAAGGAUGAUGACGAUUACGAGGGAUACGGUGGUAGGGAUGAGUACGAAAUUAACCCGUAA